GCCUACAUGCCACACCUAAGUAACCCCAAGUAGAACCAACAAUGCCAUAGAUCAUCACGGCUUCGCCUACCUGGAUUGUUCACCUGUUCCAUAGAUGAGAACUUGCAGCUCUCACUUGUACUCCAAUGGUGGAGUCUCUUCUUUCCACAAGAACCAUAGCUCGUUGAACAACCAUCUCAAACUCUCCGGACCACUGUUUCCCAUCAAGACAAAACGACCCUCGAGGGUACUAGUCACGUCCGCUGUUCAGUUCAGACCUUGCAUCGACAUCCACAUAGUUGGAUCCACUCUAAGUGACUUAAAAGAAGAUGGUUCUGUUCUCGUUACGAACUUCGAAUCAGAUAAAUCUGCGGAAGAGUACGCAAAGAUGUACAAAGAAGAUGGGCUUACUGGUGGUCAUGUGUUAAUGCUUGGAGCUGACCCUUUAAGCCAAGCUGCAGCUCUUGGAGCGUUACAUGCUUAUCCCGGCGGUUUGCAAGUUGGAGGUGGAAUCAGUUCAGAGAAUUGUUUGAGUUAUAUAGAGGAGGGAGCAAGUCAUGUUAUUGUCACUUCGCAUGUGUUUAACAAUGGGAAGCUUGAUCUUGAAAGACUGAAAGAUCUUGUGAAGAUUGUUGGGAAACAGAGAUUGAUAUUGGACCUUAGCUGCAGAGAGAAGGAUGGAAGAAGAUACGCGAUUGUUACUGAUAGGUGGCAAAAGUUUAGCGAUGUCUUGCUUGAUGAGAAAUCAUUGGAGUUUCUUGGAGGGUUUGCAGAUGAGUUUUUAGUGCACGGUGUGGAUGUUGAAGGAAAGAAGCUAGGGAUUGAUGAAGAGCUUGUUGCAUUGCUUGGCAACUAUUCUCCGAUUCCAGUAACUUAUGCGGGAGGCGUGACAGUGAUGGAAGAUGUAGAGAGGAUCAAAGAAGCAGGAAAGGGAGGUGUGGAUGUAACAGUGGGAAGUGCCUUGGACAUUUUUGGUGGUAAUCUACCUUACAAAGAUGUUGUUGCUUGGCAUCACCAGCAACAAGAACUCUUCAGCACUCCAUUGAAAACCCCAAUUUAGUCUUUUGAUUUGUUUUAUUUGUAUAAGAGUAUCAAUUUUCAACUAAUCUUUCUGAAAGAGUCAAGAAUCCAAUGAUGAUGAAUAUUUUUC